UAAUACACUAUCGGUUCAGAAGACUAAUUUUCAAAACGACUUGUUUUUAGAUCAAGAAAAUGAUUUUGAACAACAAGAUAAUGAAUGUAAUAUACCAUUGGUUCAGGAGAUUAAUUUUCAAAACAACCUGUUUUUAUAUCAAGAUAAUGAAAAUAACAUACUAUCGGUUCAGGAGAUUAAUUUUUAA